GCCGCAUAAGUGUAAGAAGUUGAUAAAUUUACUACGCAAUAGUGUCAGCUAGUGCAGGGGAAGGUCGGGGAAGCAAGGAAAGAAGAAAGGGAAGCUAGCGCUUGAGGCCGUUCUCUUCUCCCUGAUGAUGAAAUUCGAAUCCUCUCCUCAUCCGAUUUCUCCUUCUUCUCCGAUAUGCUUUCAGUGUCCAAUGAUCUGAGUCUCAUUUUGGAUCGGUAAACGAAGCUCCGACUGGGAGAAGAAAAGAAAGAACGAGCAAAAAACAUAUAAAGCAACCGAUUGAAGGUUGGAGGGCGUAAAAGGCACUCCGAGGGCGGUUUGCGGCGGCAAGACAGCUUCUACUCCUUCUCCUCCUAUUCACUCACUCGGCUUUUUCACCAAUCAGAUAAAGCGCUCGAAGGAGCAGCAGCCGCCGCCUCCACGAAGUAGUGCAGUGCAAGAAGCUCUUCCUCUUGACGGUAACACUCACCCAGAAGAAAACGAAGUUACUACUCACUUGGCGGCAACUUGGAAUUGCGACUUGGGUACACUAUUAUGGGUUCGGAGCAGAAUAGAUUCCCUCAGCAAGAACGGCGAAAGAGAUGGGGAGGAUGCUUGGGAUCCUUGUCUUGUUUUGGUGCUCAGAAAGGUGGGAAAAGAAUUGUCCCUGCAUCACGAAUUCCUGAUGGCAAUGCUUCCGUUACUCAGCCUAAUGGGCCUCAUCAAGCAGCUGGGAUGACCAAUCAAGCUACCACAAUAGCUCCUUCCCUUCUAGCUCCACCUUCUUCACCAGCUUCAUUUUCAAAUUCUGGUAUCCCUUCUACUGCUCAGUCUCCAAGUAACUUUCUCUCCUUAUCUGCCAACUCACCUGGCGGCCCUUCCUCGACAAUGUAUGCCACUGGGCCUUAUGCUCAUGAAACACAAUUGGUUUCCCCUCCGGUUUUCUCCACCUUCACAACUGAGCCGUCAACUGCUCCUCUAACUCCUCCUCCUGAGUUGGCUCACUUAACCACACCUUCUUCCCCAGAUGUGCCAUUUGCCCAAUUUCUCACAUCCUCUGCAAAUUUCAGAAGCUCUGGAAAGGGCAGUUAUCAUCUUGCUGCAAAUGAUCUGCAAGCGGCUUAUGCACUCUAUCCUGGAAGCCCUGCCAGCAGUCUUCUGUCACCUAAAUCAAAGACCUCACGUGAUUGUUUGUCAUCGUCUUUCCCCGAACGGGAGUUUCCUCCCCAGUGGGAUCCUUCUGUUUCACCCAAAAAUGGUGAUUGUUCGAGGAAUGAUUCUGGCAGGCUUUCCGGGCACGAUGGUUCCUCUCCCUCCUUGGUAUCUCAUGAUUCCAACUUCUUUUGUCCUGAUACAUUUGCAAGAUUCUACCUAGACCAUAAUCCACCAUUUCCUCAUACUGCUGGGAGGUUGAGUGUUUCUAAAGAUUCAGAUGUCUAUCCUACUGGUGCGAAUGGGCAUAUGCACAAUAGGAAUAAUAAGAGUCCCAAGCAAGAUGUUGAAGAAGUAGAAGCUUACAGAGCAUCCUUUGGGUUCAGUGCCGAUGAGAUCAUCACUACUACUCAAUAUGUGGAGAUAUCCGAUGUCAUGGACGACUCUUUCACCAUGAACCCAUUCACUUCAAGCAAAAGUAACGUGGGAGAUGUCCUAGAAAAUGCGAACGAGAGUGAGACCCAAAAGUUAUUGGGCACGCAGAGGAAGCUGCCAAGACAACAGAGCUUGAAGUCGAAAUCCGAUGUAAUUACUGGGGAAGGCUGUGAAGCUCUUGCCUCUUCUGAUAGAUACAAAGGCUUCUCGAAUCCUAUAUCAGGAAGGCAGUCAGGAAACAUCUCCGGUUCAAGUACACCUCCCAGGUACACCCUAUCUGACAACGAGGGUAUGUUCUCUAAGACGCCUUCCUCCAAAGCCAGCAGAAAAUACCAUGUGGGGCUGUCGAGCUCGGAUGCAGAAAUUGACUAUAGGAGGGUAAGGAGCUCAAGAGAAGGCAGGGGAGAUUAUGGUUGGCACGAGUAA